AUGUCGUUCAUUGAGAACCCUGCUGUCCCUAAGGGAUCAAUUGCCGUAAUCACUGGCGCUAAUGGCUACAUUGCGUCUCACAUCGCAGACCAGUUCAUUCGAUAUGGAUAUAAAGUCCGCGGAACGGUCCGUAACCCGAAGAAGAGUGCUUGGCUUGUCCCACACUUUGAGAAGAAGUACGGGGUAGGGAAGUUUGAACUACAUGUGGUUCCUGAUAUGCAGGUUGAUGGCGCGUAUGAUGAGGCUAUCAAAGGGGCGUCAAUUUUCGUGCACACUGCUACCGUCAUCGAUUUCAACGGCGACCCAGCCGAAGUGAUUGGAGGUGCAGUGAAAUGCGGGAUGGUCGCUAUCGAGGCAGCAUACAAGGAACCAAACAUGAAACGGUUCAUUCUAACUUCAUCAGCCUCAACUCUCAUGCCACUCAAGAAGGAAAAUUUCUUUGCCCUGAAGGGCCAGACGGUGGAUGUGGACACAUUUGGUCACGACGCCAAGGAACUGGCUUGGGCACCUCCUCCUUGGGGUGUUGAACACGGCGGAGCGAUUUACGGCGCGAGUAAGAUGGAGCAAGAGCAAAACAUCUGGAAGUUCUACGAAGAGAAUAAAUCCGAUCGGCCAGAUAUCGUGGUGAACUCGAUUGUUCCAGACUUCAACUUUGGAAGAAGCAUCGACCCGUCUCAAACUGGAGGCUCGUCAUCGUUCGGCCUCAUUGUCGAACUCUUUGAGGGAAAGACUCUUCCUGAGCUUUGGCAUCUUCCCCACUUCUUUGUCGACGUCGAGGAUGAUGCUGCCCUGCACGUUGCGGCGGCUAUUCUGCCUGAUGUCGAGGGUGAACGCAUCUUCGCAUUUGCCUACCCGAUGAACUGGGACAUCAUCUUGAAUAUCCUUCGGAAGCAGAAUCCAGGCAGGAAGUUUGCCGAUAACUUCCACAAUGAUGAAUAUCCUGUGACAGUGAAGCCCAUUGCGAGGGCAGAAAGCCUGCUGAAGAGGCUGGGCAGGCCGGGUUGGAUCUCUUUGGAGCAAAGCAUCGCGACCAACACCGAGCACCUGAAGACUCUGGACAUUGCAUAG